CCUAGCCUGGUCCUUGCCCGGCUAAAGGAAGGGUUUCUGGGCUGGGAGGAGGCCGUUAGCCCAGCUGACUCUCUGCCUUCACUUCUGGCGUUUCUUCUGCGAACGUCCUGCUGCUUCCAAGUUUCAAUCUCUUGCGUUUCUUGCCUUUGUUUUGUAAAUCUAGCUUCUCUGCUGCCUGCCGAUUUGGGAGCUAGUCGUCACUGGGCGGGUUUCAGGUCUGAGUUGUUUCCGAGCCCCAGUUUCUAAGGCUAGAACAGCCUGAAAAGAUCUUCUGGCUUGAAACAAAUGUUUUAAAAAGAAACGAUUUAAGGGGUUAAGCAAAGGUACCUUUGAAAACUUCCAUCUGCAAAGUGGCUCAAGAUUAGCUUUCGCUUUGGGCGUGAAUCUACAGAUAAGUUCUUCCUUUGUUCAGUCUAUGUUCCAAUGUGCACAGAGAAGAUUAACAUCCCAAUAGGUCCCUGCGGUGGCAUGUGCCUUUCUGUGAAAAGAAGAUGUGAACCUGUUCUGAAAGAAUUUGGAUUUGCUUGGCCAGACAGUCUAAACUGCAGUAAAUUCCCACCUCAGAAUGACCACAACCACAUGUGCAUGGAGGGCCCAGGGGAUGAAGAAGUUCCCCUUCACAGCAAAACCUCCUUGCAGCCAGGAGAAGAGUGUCACACUCUGGGAUCUAAUUCAGAGCAGUAUAUCUGGGUUAAAAGAAGCCUGAGCUGUGUCCUUAAGUGUGGCUACGAUGCUGGUCUCUAUAGCAGAUCAGCUAAGGAAUUCACUGAUAUUUGGAUGGCCGUUUGGGCUAGUCUGUGCUUCAUAUCAACUGCCUUCACAGUCCUGACCUUCCUGAUUGAUUCAUCCAGAUUUUCCUACCCUGAGCGCCCCAUCAUAUUUCUGAGCAUGUGCUACAAUAUUUAUAGCAUUGCUUACAUUGUGAGGCUGACUGUAGGCCGGGAAAGGAUAUCCUGUGAUUUUGAAGAGGCAGCAGAACCUGUUCUUGUCCAAGAAGGUCUUAAGAACACAGGAUGUGCUAUAAUUUUCUUACUGAUGUAUUUUUUUGGGAUGGCUAGCUCCAUCUGGUGGGUUAUUCUGACAUUAACAUGGUUUUUGGCAGCAGGGCUCAAAUGGGGCCAUGAAGCUAUAGAAAUGCACAGCUCCUAUUUCCAUAUUGCAGCCUGGGCUAUCCCUGCGGUGAAGACCAUCGUCAUCUUGAUUAUGAGACUAGUGGAUGCAGAUGAGCUCACAGGUCUGUGUUAUGUUGGCAACCAGAACCUAGAUGCACUCACUGGCUUUGUUGUUGCUCCGCUUUUCACCUAUCUGGUUAUUGGAACUUUGUUCAUAGCAGCAGGUUUAGUGGCCUUAUUUAAAAUCCGGUCUAAUCUUCAAAAAGAUGGGACUAAAACUGACAAGCUGGAAAGACUGAUGGUCAAAAUUGGUGUCUUUUCAGUGCUAUAUACUGUCCCAGCCACAUGUGUAAUUGCAUGUUACUUCUAUGAAAUCUCCAACUGGGCUAUCUUCCGCUAUUCAGCAGAUGAUUCCAAUAUGGCAGUGGAGAUGCUCAAAAUUUUCAUGUCUCUGCUGGUGGGUAUCACAUCUGGCAUGUGGAUUUGGUCAGCCAAGACGCUACACACAUGGCAGAAGUGCUCUAACCGAUUGGUGAACUCGGGGAAAGUGAAACGCGAGAAAAGAGCGGAUGGUUGGGUGAAACCUGGGAAAGGGAAUGAGACUGUGGUAUAAACAAAACCCACGUACUGAUUUCUCUGCCAAGAAGGACUUCUGUAUAAACAUUUGCUGUAGAAACGUUGCUGGGGAGGUGUGAGAAGGUAAAGUACAAAAUCUCUCUGAAAAGAAGCCUUAAAGAAUAAGCAAUAAUUUCAAAAUUAUAAACCACAGUGCCUGAAAUGCAAAAGCCCCGGGAGGCUGUGAAAGCUGUGAAAAAACUGAAUAGGUCACAUUUUUGUGAAGCAGUUGGCAAUGUAUUCAUGUAAUUAGAAGCCACAGGCUCUUACAUCUAGUUACUUGGGAUGUUGAUUUCUUAAAUCCUAUUACAGUGCUUUGAGGACAAAAGGGGCAUAUUCUGGGCUGAUCUGGGUUACAGUCCUGUGAUGUGCUGGGGUGACCUCAGAUUCAGUUUACUGCAUCACUCACUUUGAAUUCAAUGUCUUAAAGGACAUGGUCAGCACCUUUUUAAGACUGGACCAUAGCCUGAAUAGCUUUACUGCCUUCAUUGGUGUUGCAUGGUGCCUAAUGCAGGCGGGCUUAAUCCUUGGUUGAAAAUGCCAGCUAAGCUUUCAAGGUUUGAAAGCAACUCAAACAAUGACUUUGCAGGAUUCAGUUAGGUGUUCGGAUGGAUUGCUGUAUAGAUCAGCUGAUGAUCUAAUUUUAACCUUUCCAUAGACACAGACUUUGCUGUCUAAAACAUCAAUACUUCAUUUGAUGUGGUUAAAAGCUUCACUCAAUAACUUUAUCAGAAGUAGUAGAUUAACUUGAAGAUUGAAGCAUAACAGCACAUGUAGUCAGGUGCUGGAGUCACUUUUCUAGUCUAGGGCUGCUGAAAGCCAAUGAACCAAACUGUACACCCUGUAUAUGACGAAAACCACUACAAACCUUUUGUCCUUUUUGGAUAACCUGGCUAUUUCCAGACUCUGACUACUUUAUUUUUCUGCACUAAUAACUUAGGGUUUGGUUUUUUAGUUGCUUUCCUUCCUCCUGCAACAUACAGCCGAGGGAAAAUGAAUGAAGGGUCGUUUUGGACCAGUUCUUCAUUCAGCAGAACAAGUAGUUUUUCUCCAAAUAAACUUCUUCUCUCCCCAGAGACCUAUUGUAUUAAGCAAUUAAGACUUAAUAUGUUUCACUCUGUGUGAUUACAUCUAUACAGAUGCCAGUCUGGGAAAAGUGAAAUGUUAAGUUCCUUGGCAACUUCAUGUUCACAUAGAUCAGUUGUAUAAUUGUGUGUCAAUUAAAAAUAACAUGAUAGAGUACAGCUGACUGGUUCAAACCCAUGGUCCUGUCCCUUUGCUCACUGAGUGACUUUAAAAAAAUACGUAAGAAUGUAAUCAGACUUCAGCAACAAUGGAGACACUUUUCUCUUUGAAAAGGGAUCACUGGAGAAGAAAUCCAAGUUCUUCAGAUUAUAUUUCCUAGUUAGUGGCAAGGUUCCAUAGCCUGUCAUGUUCAUGGGAAAUGCUACAGUCCUCCUGGAGUAACAGGAAGUACAAUGUAAACCUAAAGAAUGAGCAAUGUUCAAGUGCUCCCCUUCCACCUUUAGUUUCAUUGAGUGCCCUAAUAACUUGCUUGUCUUCAGUGUAUGGGGGCUUGAUCUAGUGAGGGUAUUUGGACUUUUGUAGGAUAAGGCAGGCCUGAAAGGGGUACCCCCUUUAGCUCUCAAACUGUGUUUAAAGGCAUGAAUUGUGUCUGUGCGGAGAUAUGUGCUUGAAUUUUUUUUUUAAAAAUGCCUGUCAGUCUGUGCAAUUGGGAUCAGUCACUAGCAGAGCAAGUAACAACUUGACUCAUUCUAUGCACAACAUACGUUCAUUUUGACCAGCUCUGUAUACUAGCUGAGCCUUCCAAUUCCAGGUCUGUUCUUCUGGAUAGUAAUGCCUUGUUGGAUCUAUGUGUUCUGGUCUAGUAAUAGCAUUCUGCAAGAAUGACAACUAUUGAUGGCUGGGCUUCACUAGCCAAAUCAAAAGCUAGCUUCAAAUUCUGAGAGAUGAAGAAGAGGGAUGAGCACUGUCAUUGGGUUCAGUCCACUCACUUAAUUCAUCCAGGGGUCCCUCCAGGGGAAGUCGUAGACUAAUGGCCAUAGGUGAUUCAUAUUCACUGAACUUCAUGCCAGUUGAUCUGACCGACCACCUGCAUUUUUAGUCUUGUCAUCCCAGAUGUUGUUAAGACGUGACCUUUCCUGUUGUUUGGUUUUAGAGCAUGACUCAGUAGCUCUCCAACUAGAAAGAUAGCACUGUUGAUUAGUCACAUCUGAAAGUGAGUCAGGUGAGAGUGAUGCUUUCUUACAUUACAGGGUGAGAAGAAGAUAAAUCAGUUGAAGUUGGGAGGCACUUAACUACUAUGAGAGUGGCCACAUAAGUAUACAUAGCAAUAACUUUCCCUUGAAGGCAUUGUAUCUGCCUGAGCCAUAAUGGACCUAAUUCUCUUGCAGGUAUGUACUGGAGUUCAGUGGGUUUAUUUCUCAUUUUCCUUCAGGUAAUGAGGCAGCUCAUCCUACUCAGGGCCACAGAAGCGUCUCAGAAAAGGCACAACUUCACUAUGUGCAUUUACCUUGCUAGUCUGGUUGUUCAGGCAUUUGUGAUUGGAAAUGUCACUCUAGAUUGAGUCUGAAGCACAGAGUUAUGAAGGGUGAAUAUCUGCAACUUGGUUUCUCUCAUUUCAACAUAUUUAUGUAUGACUAAUCUUGCCUUGGAAGUGUCGUUGCUGUGGCUGUAGAGCUCAGUUUUAUAGCAGUUACUGUUUCUGCGCAAUCCCAUCUCUUCUCUCUCAAGCCAGUCCCAAUCCUAGAUGGUGGUGUUUUGUGCUGAUUUACAAGCAUCUGAAAGGGCUGACAGACAGCUCCAAGCUAAACUACUUGUGACAGAGCUUGAGAAAGACAAAGUAACUUGUGGAAGGAAAUGGACACUGAUUAUUUUUGGAUGUACAGAAAGUAUAGCUGAUGUAUGUACUGUAAAUGUCUAAUUUAUCACUGUACAAAAAACUUUGCUAUUUAAUUUUUGUAUCAAAAUAAAACUUUGUUAACCUCUGUGAA